AUGAAGACGAAGGCUCCUUCCGGACCCACAGUCCUAAAGUGGUCAUCAAAACCAGCAGACCACAACGCCAUCCGAGUGCGCAACAAUCAACGCCGGCACCGCGCCCGCGCCAAGGGCCACGUCCAGGAUCUCGAGAAGCGCCUUGAGGAGACCAACGCCAGGCUUGAGACCGCCCUGCAGACCAUCAGCCAUCUGGCCCAAGAGGUUGAGAUCCUACGUGGCCGUAUGCCACCAUCCUCGGCAUGGCCUCAGAGUCCACUCUCCACAGCAGCUCUGGCUGCUGUGCCACACGUGGAAGCGCAGCCCCUGGACCCAACACCCGUUCAAGAGGGGCUACAGCUACCCACAGAUGAAUCUCCAAAUAUUCCGGAUACGACUGUGGCGCCUCCAGCAGCGGAGACUGAGGACAGCGCGGACUGCGGCUGCGAUGGACUCCCACCGCAGGCCCCCGGCGAGUCUACCCUGCCGUGCAGCUCUGCCUUCCGUAUCAUCGAGCAGCAGAACUUCAGUGGUGUCGAGGUGACCACCAUCAGGGCGUGGCUCGGCCCAGGGUUCAGGAGGGCGCUGAGGCCGGGCGAGGCGUGCCGGGUCGAGACGAAUCGGGUCUAUGAGCUACUUGAUCAUAUCACUUCGUCUUCUUGA